AUGUAAUUAUUAUAAGGAGGAUUUAUUCCUUCAUGGAUUUAACAUAAGCCUGCUGAAAAAUAUCUACGUAUAGUCUGGCGUUUUUUUUUGCAAAGUUUUAUGAUGAUUCCAUUUAUGCUUUACGAGAAAAGAACAGGCAACGAAACUGCUAAAUAGCAAUAUAAAUUCAGUCAUAUGUUUAAUUGGUAUAAUUUAAAAUAAGCAUAUUUAAGUUCUAUUCCAACUUCGAUUUGGUUUACCCUUAUUCUUUUUACUUUUGAAUGGAAUUUUGUAGCACAUGCCGCUAUUUUAGGCAAUUUAUCGAAUUUCUACAAUUGUAUAAAUAGAAAUUUAGCAGUAGGUGUAACAAAUCCUUCUGAUAUAAGUUCAAUUGGAUUAAUUUUGCUCGGAAUAUUAAUGAUUUUAUAUGAUUCAUAUUCACUUUAAUUUGAAGAUAUAUACCCUUCCUCCCUUAAUUAUAAAAUGAAUAAACUUUUUUACAGAGAGCCUUGGUAAAGAUUGCUUUUUGGAAAUUUUAUUUCUUUAUUUGCAAGUUUUGUGACUUUUAAAAUGCAACCAAAUGCUUCUUUGGCUUUAAAAGUUUAUUAACCAUAUUAAGCUACAUUUUUUAUUUGCAUUUUUAAUUGCCUUAAUAUCUCUAUGAGUAGUUACUUCUUCUCUGGAAGUGAUAUUCUUUCUGGUAGUUCUAUGUGGGGGCUUCUUGGGUUAUUUUCAAGUGAAUAAUUUAGCGGUUUUUUAUUUAUGAGUAUUGUUAUUGGAAUGGGUGGGUUUAUUACUAGUCAAUUAACUUCUAAAAUGUUCGAAUAACCACUUUUGUAAACAUUUUAAUUGUUCGAACCUAUUGUUAGUGCUCUCGUUUUAUAAUUGUUAGAUGUUUAAAUUAUCCCUAGAGGAAUAAGUUGUAUAGCGUUUUUAUUUAUUAUUUCGGGAUUAUUUGGAAUUAUUACAGGCUAAUAUUUUGCUAAAUUACAAAUUUAAUGA